AUGGGUGAGAAUUUUAAUAAAAAUAUUUUAGAAGAAAAUUUAGUAGCUGUAAUUGGUAUUGGCUUUAGGUUACCAAGUGGAAAUUUAAAUGAAUCAAAUCAAACUCCAAGUCAAUUAUUUAACAAUUUAAUGAAUGGUUUUAACGGCGUAGUCGGUCUUCAAGAAAGAUGGAAUGAAAAUUUCUUUAAGCUAAAUGAAAUUGGCUGCAAUAGUGCCGCUGUAACCAUUGAUCCACAGCAAAGACUUUUGUUAAAGUGCACUUACGAAGCAUUGGAAGAUGGCGGUGUAGAUCCAAUAACACUACGUGGCUCAAAUACAACUCAAAGUAAUUUAUUCGGGACAUCAGCUCAUUCUGCAUCAAAUAGAAUUUCAUAUUGCUUUGAUUUUCAUGGAGCUUCAUUAACAAUUGACUCUGCUUGUUCAUCUUCAACAACAUCUAUUGCAUUGGGUUAUGAGUCAAUAAAAUCUGGUAAAUCAAACUGUUCUAUUGUUGGUGGUGUAAAUAUGAUAAUGGAAGGAAGAUGUAUGACUUUUGAUGCCGAUGCUGAUGGCUAUGUUCGUUCAGAAGGUGUUGGUGUGGUUGUCCUAAAAAAUUUAAAUCAGGCAAUUAAAGAUGGUAAUAAUAUUUAUUGCGUGGUUUCUGGAGCAAGUUUAAAUGUCGAUGGUAAUGGUUUGGAUGAUAAAUUAAAUUUUUAUUCACCAUCUUCCAUCUCUCAAGCAGAAAAUAUUAAAUUGGCACUUAAAUCAACCAAUGGGUUAAUUGAUAGAGCUGAUAUUGAUUAUGUCGAGUGCCAUGGAACUGGUACACCUAAAGGUAAUCCAGUUGAGUUAGAAGGUAUUUCAAUGGUUUUUAAAGAUAGCACUGUUCACUCCCCAUCCAAUCCAUUAUUAGUAGGCUCAAUAAAAUCAAACAUUGGUCAUUUAGAAGGUAAUUAUUUUUAUUGUUUUUAUUAUAAAUAG